AUGUUCAAAACUAAAAUUGGCAAGGCUGUACCAAUAUUAUUGUCACUUACAAUUCUGCUUACAGCAGCAUCAAUCUAAGCUACAAGUAUUCCUGAAAGUGAUAGAUAAGUACCCUAUUUAAGACAAGAGUUUGAUCCUUAGCAGAUAAUUUCUAAGGAUUAACUAAAACACUUAGCUCAGCCUAAAGUUGAGAUUGACUUUUAUCUCAACAAUCUAUUCUGGAUAAACACAGGAAUCGGUCUCGCAACUGGCUUGCUAAGUCUCUUAACUCAAUAUGUUAUCGGAGAUUUCACUUUCUUGAUUUCUGCUAUUCCUUAUGCUCAAGCUGUAUUUGUUGAAAGAAGCCUUUUAACUAUGAUAGGAAUAGUUCUUAAGUUUGGAGAUUCAAUUUACUAAGAAGUUUUCGCUGAAAAAGGGACUUACAUGGCAGCACUAAUUGACUUAAUUGUAGAUACUGUCAUUGAAACAAUCUUCUUAAUUACACGAAACAAUUUCUAUCUAAUUGCUCUCAAUUUUGUAGAAAUUGUUGAUUCAGCUAUUUACUUCUUGAGAAUAGCUGGAUAUAUCAAAUGA